CUGGUGAAUUAGCUCCAAAGCAGAUUUCUGCAGAAAGGAAUUCAUUGAGUGUUUUCCAGGAUGCAAGAAUGCCCUCAGAAGUCUCCAGUUUACACUCCAGCAGAAGCCAGGCAGGAUGGCUGUGGACACAAGAAAGUCUGCUGGCCAGUUGUUCGAAGCCGGAUGGGUCAGCAGGGGCCUGAGAUGGUGAAGGUGGAGUUGGAGGAGGACCACCCCAGGGAUCAGGCUCUCAGCUUUCCGGAGGACAGCCCCCCUGCUUGGGAGAUUUUCAGGCAACAGUUCAAACACUUCUGCUACCAGGGUUCCCUUGGACCCGGUCUGGCCCUGAGCCGGCUCCGGGAGUUCUGCUGUCAGUGGCUCAGGCCCGAGACCCACAGCAAGGAACAGAUCGUGGAGCUGCUGGUGCUGGAGCAGUUCCUGACCAUCCUGCCCGAGGAGCUGCAGGCCUGGGUGCGGGAGCAGCAUCCAGAGAGCAGAGAGCAGACAGUGACCAUGCUGGAGGAUCUGGAAGGAAAGAAAUGUACAAGUAGGAAGACACUGGUCUGAUACGGUUGUGGAAAGCUUGGAACAAAACUUUCUCAGUUGUGGAACUCAGAGAACAAUGGGAAAACCCAGCAUUCAGCAGGGAACUGAGCUUCUUGCUAAGCCAGCCCAGUAAAGAGGGAAAGUGGGGAACAGCAGAUUCUGGGAUGGUGAGCAAGGAUACUGAAGGCAUUCUGUAUUUCAGAUAGAAUGAGGAGCAUCAUGCUCCUUACUUUACAGGUCACUCAGCUCACAGCAACAAAGAAGUAGGUGAAAUCAUUCCCAAUUUGCACACAUGGAAAACUAAGUUCAGAGAGGUUGGGUAACUUGGCCAAGACCACACGGCCAACAGUGAAAUGACAGAAACAAGACCUGAUCAAAUUUUGCUUUCUGGCCGCUUCUCAGUGCCCCAGAAGGUAAAUAAGGCCCUGGUUUCUCACAUUUUUUUCCUAGUCUCUUGGAGAAUAUUUCUUGUGGACUCCUCCAGAGGUUCAAUCUCUGUUAAAUUCUUGAUAUCCUUAAAGCUUAAUGAUUUGCUUGUCUCUAGGUGUAAGCCCAUGCUCUGGAACAGGAAAUCCUUUUGUAGACAGUGACCCUUCAGACACUAGAUGAAGGAUCUUCAUACACAUGGGUUCAGCCCCCAGUGAUCCAGUUCAAGGGCAAAGGACCUGAGCCCCAACCAUCAGAGGAAGGAGGUGAGGCAAGAAUUUCUCUAGGGAAUUUGGACUGAAAUGACCUCUUGAGUUGAAAUUUUUUUGGCAUGUGACACUAAUUCCUUUUGACAAGGGUUAUUGAAGAACAUGACAAAGGUGACAUUUAGGGUAAUAAUGAUUAAAAGGUAAUAAGUCCUUUCAGAGCAGCCUCAGUAGUAUGGUCGGUUUUAAAUAUCUGUAUUUGAAAUUUCUACAUAUGGUUUAGUAGCAAAUGUUAUUUCAAGUAUUUUGAUGCUUACAUCCUUCAGUAGAUACAGAUAGGAUAUUAACACUGUAAAACUGUACUGACUUUUCUGAAAGUUACCCUUUAUUAUUACCAGAGAAGUAUAUAUGCAUUGUACAAAGUUAGAAAAUACAUAAAAGCAACAUAAGAAAAUAAAGCACGAUGUUCUGUCACU